AUGCUCGAUGCUAGUUCAUUUAGUCAAGAAGAGAACAAAGUGCAUAAAAACCAGGCAUAUCAAGCCGAAGGAGUUUAUCGAAAAUUGAUUCUCGGAAGGCCCCUGGCAGAAAUCCUUUUACGUGGUUCUGUGGAUAUUCAAGAUGAAUUUUCAUUUUUAUCCGACGAGAUGGACUUUGGUGAUGCAACCGAGGAUCUACUUCGAGCUGCCUUGGUAAAUCGCACAUCUGAUCUAGCAAUUCUUUCAAUCCAUCGCCUAGCUCAAUCAGCGGCUCAGAAGAGGCUUACCGAGCUGGAGAUUACCAAAUAUUUUGAUGCCGCUGUUCACCUACUCUGUUGGGGGUUUCCAGAUCACUCGAAGACUGAUAUUGGACAUCAGAUAACGGUCUGGGAACGAUGCGAAAAGGCAGUCACCCAUGUAAAUCACCUCGUUCAGUUAGCCAAAGUCAUGGGAAAGAAGCCCGGUAAUCAGCAGAAAUACGCUGAUCUCCUGCUGAGAUGUGGUUGGUACCUAUACGAAAGAGAAUUAUAUCUGAUUGCCAAACCGAUGGUUGAACAAGCCAAUUCGAUAUUUGAGGAUAAAAUGAGUCUCGAAUAUGCAAGCGCCAUUGAUCUUGGCGGCCUCAUCGAUCUAGACCUCGCUCAACCUUCGGUAGCAAUAGAGUCUUUUAAACGAGCUCUCGAGAUCCGCAAAGCUACCCUUGGGCCAGAAGAUCCUUUCAUUGCCUAUAGUCUCAACAAUGUAGCUCUAGCUUACACCGAGAUGGGCGAAUUGGACCUCGCCUGUGCAGCACAUGAAGAGGCAAUUCGCCUACGACUCAAGGCAAACAGUGAUAGAAUUGGGAAUUCAUACAGCAACAUGUCGAGUUUACUUCUUCGUAUGAAUCGGCCGGAUGAAGCUGAAGAGAUGCUUGCAAGAUGUCCAUCCCUCAAAGACUUCACAGACGAGACAUUUCUUAAGACAGGCAAUCCUCGUUUCUCUGGGGAUAUGGUACUUCUAUCGCGUAUCCGUCUUGCGCAAGGGAGAUCCAGCGAUGCAAUAAGACUAGCAUCAAAAGCCUUGGCUUUUCGAAGGAAUCUUCUUGGGAACAGGCUGAAAACUUGCGACUCUCAGUAUGACGUUGCUUCAAUAUUGCUGAAACAAGGACAUGUAAGCUCAGCUAUACAAAUGCUUGAGGAGAUAGUGGGCAUCUCAAAGACAUUCACAGAGGGACAAGGCCAACAAGCCCGAGCUCUGUUUAAGCUUGCAGAGGUGAAAAAUGAGCGUGGUAUGCUUGUAGAGUCAGUCGCUUGCAAGGAACCGGCCACCUCUAUCCGAGCGGCUCUUCGGCCAGAGCUUGAAGAUGCUCCAUUCGAAGAGGCCGGAUUUUCCAAGCUAUGUUUGUGGAUGCUCUGGUAA